GGGACGCACAUUUUGUUGUUGUCAAAAGAUUUCCCACGUUGUUAGCUAGCUCGAGCAUGAGUGUGGUUUCGGAGACAGAUUGUAUCUUUAUUUAACUCAGUAACUAAAAGACAGUAUGGUUGGAAAGAUAAAGCGGGUCCGUGAAAAGCUUCAUCAGGCUGCGGUUAAACUUGACAGUCCUCCGUCCGGUGGCGCAAGAUCCACAGAUUUAGAAAAGGCACCGAUUCCUGUGAUCACAAGUGGUUCAUUCAUCUUCGAUGUAAACAAGACAAACAAUGCACAGCUGCACAUAAAGAAGGAUGAAAACGCGAAGAAACCACUGAGUUCCUUUCCAAGUGGAAUCUUUGCUGGCACACAAAUCAGCCCUGAAGCCCUCGUGCAAACUCUGAAGUGUGAAGAACCAUCCAAUGACACUGGUACACCUGCACAGAAAGUCCCCGAGGAGAAGAAGCAGCAGACGAAGAAAGAGAAGAUGAAGGAGAGGCGAGACAGGUGGCUAAACAAGAUCAGCUCCAUCAAGCUGGCGAAGGAGCAACAAGUGGCCCAGGCUAAGAGGGCGGCCAUGCCCGUUGUGGGUGACAUGAGGCCACUGGCAGACGCCCUGCCAGAACUCUGCCAGCUCAUCCCCGCCACCACCAGGACCUCCAGAAAGGCCUCCAGAAAGAAUAGGGUGCCAGUGAAGAAGAAGCCAGAACCAACAGACUUCAGCCUGAUGAAGCCAGCACAAAAACGCAAACUCCUGGAGAGUGAGACCAGCCGGUUUAGUGAAGCUGUGAAGAACCUGGCACACAGCAAGACUAACCCUCUGGCAGCUAUUGGUGAGCAUCUGAGGAAGAGACUGAAGCAGGAAGAGGAGCAGGGGCCUAGCUAACCUGUUCGACUGGAGACGCCAUUUGGAUCUGCAGUUGAGCAUCCCCACCCAGAGACAGGGAUCGUGUUUGAGAUCGACUACGUUGCAGUCUGCAACUGCAGACUAGCUGACUGAUCUAGAAAUAACCUUGCACCCUAAAUAACUACUUAUUAUAAUUGGUAGAUCAGUCAUAAAAUUGAUGCUUUUGAACACGGCCAUGACACAAGAAAGCCCCUGCCUUUUUUAUUUAAGGGCAACCCUGUUGCCUGCAUCCCUGUUCCCUGUGCUCAAUCUACCAAACCUGCCAAAAUCAAUGAGAUCUUUUGAUUGAAGUGGUUUUGGUCAUUGUGCACUAUACCAGUAAAACAUCAGAGGACUUACAGGUUGUCUGAGUAACGGCGAUGUUUACGACACCUAAUUAGAUCAUGCCCCCAGUUCUGGAGAAGUUGAAAAUGAAUAGUUACUCUUGUGAAUGAGGAAAAAUAAACUGAUGUUGUAAAUGUUGAGAUUAGAUCUGUCAUCAAAAUGACUCCUUUCAAUUUUUGUACAGUAUCUCUUCCACAUUUAUUUGAGGCGAUAUUAAAAAUGCAGUACGGAACAUUAAAACUUGCCUUUCAUUUUGUAUAACACCA